AUCACGUUCACCUGUGGCUCACAGGGCAAGACGGGCUUGUCUGGUCCAGAAACCUUGAACUAAAUUUUGAGAAUUGGUAGGUCUCGUGUUAAGGACUGGUUCACAAUGGCUAGUAACUUGGGUAAUUUUUCUUAGAAUAUGGAACAUAGGCCCCAGUUUUAGAUCACAAAAAGGAUGACAUUUUGCUGUCCCGCCCAUGUAGCCUACCGAGCCCGAAUCAAGACGCGGGAGGCGAAAUCAAAACUGUCAUCAUGUUAGCGGAUGGAGUGGACGCGUGAAAGAUGGGCAGCUACUUUACACAACUUCGUCUGCUUUGUUUUUCUCCCUAACUUGUACUCGAAGAUCUGCGUACCGCUGCCUCGAGAAGAUUGUGCACCUGUUCAAUCGUGUGUCCUGAGAUCCUGUGGUCCUGAGCCAAAAUGGACGCCGCUCCCUUCAGCCGCAGACAGUGGGCGUCACAGUCGCUACGCGUCACCGCCCGAGAGCUUUCGUUGGUCGGAGGCCGCGGGAAGAACACUGCCAUCGCCGAGCGCUUCUCAAAGUACCAGAAGGCUGCAGAGGAGGCCAGUGCGGAUAAGAAAAAGCCGCAGCCCGAGAGCCGGCCCUCCACCCUACGUUCGGGGAACCUGAGCGUGCUCAAGAAGCGCUGGGAGCAGUCCCGCCAGCAGGAGGCGUCGUCCACUCCGCCUGCCACCACCACUGCGCCCGCAUCCGCGCCCCGCAUGCGUCUCGUGUCCACGGAGACCGCCCAGUCCAAACCCGGCCCCUCCGCCCAGGCUGAGCCAGCGCCCCCGGCGGCCAAACUCCCAACGUCCUCCGUGUCGUCCGCAGUGUCCGCUGCAGAGCAACCCCGUCAGAGCAGCCUCAGGCGGUCCUACUCCCUCAGGACCCCACCCAGGGUGGAGAAAAAGGAGGAGAAGACAGGAGGAGCAGCAGGAGGAGCACAAGGAGCUAGUGGAGGAGUGUCAGGUGGAGGGAGCAGAGUGAUGGAGCGCGCCGUGGAGAGGCAGUUUGAGGAGGUGCCAGAGGAGCAGCAGGAGAGGAGUGGAGGAGGAGGUGGAGACUCGUGUUCUAGCCCCGUCAGCCCUCUGGAGAAGCCCAGCAUCCCACUGGGCAACCUGAAGAAGAUGUUUGAGAAAGGGGAGAGCAAGGGACGGACAGGAGUGAGCAGCUCCUCUUCAGAGGACAUGGACUUACGGGUGGGAGACAGAGGUCUGUCUUCACUAGAGACCACUUCUCUGCGUGACCGGAUGGCCAAGUACCAGGCUGCAGUUUCUAAACAGGAUUCACCUACCCCUUCACGCACAAACAGCCAAUCAGAAGUCGAGAGCAGCAGUCCAACCACCGACCACAAGGAGAAUGUGCCUCCUGGCAGUGUGGGAGCUGGAGUGAGCCUGUUCUCUGAGGUCAAUGGAGCCAAAACUAAUGGGGUGCGAGUUGACACUCCAAGCUCCAGCAGUGGAAGCCCAGGCUCUACAAACAGUGAUGCACCCAAGGCAGCCAGAAAGUUCUGCCUGCCUGUGAGGGAGACGUGUGUGUCAUGCUUGAAGACGGUGUAUCCUCUGGAGAGACUGGUAGCCAACCAGCAGAUCUUCCACAACAGCUGCUUCCGCUGCACCCAUUGUAACACCAAGCUCAGCCUGGGCAACUACGCCUCUCUGCAUGGGAACGUCUACUGCAAGCCACACUUCAGCCAGCUCUUCAAGGCCAAGGGCAACUACGACGAGGGCUUUGGCCACCGGCCCCACAAGGAGCUGUGGACACCAAAGGAGGGCGAAGAGGGGUAUGAGGAGGCCGAGGAAGGUGGCAGCAGUGCGGAGCGUCCGAGAGAACCGCGCCCUACAGAGUUCCCCACCACCAGAGCAGACCAGGCCUCCAGCACCUCUAUCUCUAAGGCCACGACUGACACCAGCCCGGUGGUGGAGGAGUCCCCCUUGGCCAAGGUCACCGAGCUGGCCGCCUCGCUGGAGACUCGGGCCCAGCGAGGGGGCUUCUCCGAGAGGCCGGCCGCGGCUGCCUCCGGUGCUUCCCCGACCGCCUCCGCCGAGACCCGGAGGUUGAAAAUCGCCUGGCCCCCGCCCUCCGAGGUCACCGGGGCAGGCAGGGGAUCGGGCGUGGCAGCUGCGGAGGGAGAGCUGUCCGGCGUGGUCAAGCCAUUCAGGGGCAAGUGGCCACCGGAUGGCGAGACGCUCCAAUCAGCGGCCAGCCCCGAGCGGGCUGAGCUCAAGAGCCUGAGACGUACCUCCUCGCUGAAGGAGCGCUGUCGGCCGUUCUCGGUGGCGCCCAGCCUGAGCUCGGCCAAUCAGAAGUUGGAGCCGCCGCAGCGACGGCCCCUGCGGCGGUCCCUGGAGAGGCGCAGCUCGCUAGAGGAGCUGAGGUCAGCGCGCGGCGACCGCUUCGCCGAGCAACAGAGGGACGAGCAGGAGCGCGAGGAGCGCGAGGAGAGGGAGGAGAGGAAGACGAGUAGAAAGAGGGAGGAAGAGGGAGAAAAGAAAGAGGAGAAGGCGACAACGAGAGCCGGAGGGCUGCGCAAGAACUCCGGGGACGUGAACGGAAAUCUCUCUGACGAAGAGGACGAGGGGCGUCCAUCAGCAAGACGAGAGGAAGAGGAGGACAGGAAGAGGCAGACCCCCUCUGCGGGCGCACCGAUGUGCCAGAAGCCUCCGAGGGAUGAGGAAGAGGAGGAGCGGGAGGCGGAGGAAGAGGAGGUGGAGGAGAUGGAGUCCCUGCCCAGCCGCCGCAGUGCCUCCCCAGACGUGUCCACGUCGCUGUCCCCCGGCGCCGGCACCAAGACCGACCGCUCGUCCCAGGACGUGGGCUUCUGGGACGGGGAGGAGGCUGAGGCCGAGGAGGAGCUCACCGUGGAGGAGAGGAUCAAGAAGAACCGCUACUACGACGACACAGAUGAGGAGGAGCUCGUCUGAGCCGAGCAGAGACUCCCUCUCUCUCUCUUUCUCUCUUUCUUUCUUUCUUUCUUUCUUUCUUUCUCUCUCUCUCUUUCUUUCUCUUCUAUCGCUGAAAAUCCUUCGAAUGUCCUUUUCUUGAGGUAUGCAUAAAACAUGACAAAAACAUUAUCAUUAGUGUUUCACAUGGUACCAAUACAUUCCACUUUUCUUUAACUGUAAUGCAUUUUUGUUUUUUGUUUUCCGUUUGUUGGAUUGGACAUGCAGAGACAAUUCAAAGAGUUGUCCCGCUGUUUUCUGUCGCGCGUCCUGCCUCAGGAGUGUUGUUUAGCCUUUUUCACAUGUCUAUGCCAGUUUUUUGAAACCAAGCUGUUCCCAGUGAGUCUAACAAAUACUCAACAAAUGAAUUGCUUGGUACAUUUUUUUGGUAUAAUUUCUGUUUCAGGCUGAAUAAAAUCCAAAAAGGCAUAUAUUACUGGAUAGCCAUUAUGUUAUUGCACAUGAUUAAAUCACAGUAAAGGGACAUCACCUUAUAAUGAACUGGACCCACAGAAAUCUUUGUAGUUAUCAUGAAUAACACCAAGAUGUUCUAGAAGAGAAUGAUGGAGGUGAGAGAGUGAUAAAGAAGGAUGGAAAAGUAUCCCAUUUCUAUAUCCCUUUCAGAUGGAGGGAGAGGGCAGGAAUGGCCGUAGUUGGAGGCUAAGCUUAAUUGAAACGCUACGGUUUGUCCCUGAUCAGUUUCUGGCUGGAAAAGCACAUGGGGAAAUGCAUUGUCCCAGCUCAGGGCACCAAUCAGAUCAGCAGUGAUUUUGAAAAUGGACACAAUGCAAUGAGAACUUAUUCCAGUUUCAGAUUAACACCUUUCAGUGGAAAGAUUGUAUUGCGUACUUGGACCAGGGUGAUUUCUGUCAGCCUUAAGGAAAAGCCACUAAUGGCGGUGAAACUAGAUGCUCUCGUAACUUUUGGCUCUAGUUGCUUGGAGCCAGUCCCGUGUGUGCAUCAACACUUUCGGCAGGACACUAUGCAAGGCACUUGGUCAGUUUACCUCACCUCAACUGUAACUGGAAAAGCGAGUCGAGCUGACUCCCGCAGAUUUGUUAAUCUGGUUGGGAUUGGGAUUUGGGAGUGGUGUGUUGCCAGUUCUGUCACCCCUCUUGGAUUGCAAGGGGGUGCGAUAGUCCAGGACGUUCCUAGAAUAGACUGUGAAGUCAGUCAGUACUUUCUGCUGCAAGUAUACCACUCAAACCACUUCAAUCAAAUUAAAUGUCACUCACCCUGUUACUUGACCUAUCAAGCCCUAUGCAGAAGGGGUAGAGGCAGUGUAAUGUGCAUGACCUGGCAACCACUGUGCUAAUUCCUGAUUAUCUAUCUCCAUGCACACAACGCUUCAGGUUGAUUUAAGCGUAGUUUGUUUUUUAAAUGAGAUUGAUUAAGCUGAGUUUUAAUAUCAUUUAAUACUAGAAAUGGUGUGGUGCAACUGGUGGGACUGUUUGUGUGUGUGCGUGUGUGUGUGUGUCUUGUUUCCCUUUUUGUUAUAGUCUUAUGCGCUGCCCAUUAAACACAUAAAAGAAUUGGAAAGAAACACUUUUGUAAUGGAUUUAAGCAAAUUAUUCAAACUGAUUUUUACCCUUUUAUGAAAAUACAUUUUAUAUUUUUUUUUUUCUUUGAGAGGACCAAAAAGACAUUGUACGUUUUUUGGAAUUUUGAAUGUUUAAGGUGACCAAAGUGUAACGUUAUUUCAGAAAUUUAAUAAAUACCCUAUUAUUGAUACUA